AUGGACAUUACGUCGCUGGUGGAUACACUAGCAGACCUCUUUCCAUACAAGGCGAGAAGUGAGCUUCUCGAACGAGCAGCAAGCUGCGACAGAAUUGAGCUCGUCAUUGAGGACUUGAUUCAAGAACAAGCAUGUACAAAUGACAAUGGACCCUCAGGACUUUUACAACUACAGCAAGUAUUUCCUGAUGCUAGCCGAGAGAGGUUAGAGCGGUUACUAAAGGAAAAUGACAGUGACGUGGAAAAGACAGUGGAAGCAAUGAUGACCCAGGAUGCUUCAAUAGAGGAGUUGAAGAUGGUAACUAGUCUUCUGGAGGAUGUCAUUGAGCCUUAUUUACAGAAACAUUCUUGCCGGAUGCUGGCAUUGGCAGAUUUGUUGUGCAAUCAUAGGCGAAAGAAAAAGGUGAAGGGUUCCCGUAUCCAAGAUUCCCGCAAUGCCUCUUCACGAUUCGUCAUUAAAGAACUGGGAUAUGUCUUCAAUGGUGAUAGCCCUGAGACAGAGGAACUACGACGCGAGGUUGAAAACAACCCGCCGCUACAACAAGUUAACUUUGCUUUCCUACUCAAAUGUCUUGUCUUUUUUGAAGGUGAGGUUGAUAGAGUGCUUCGAGUAGCGUACUUGUUUGUCGACCAUGGAGUUACUGAUCUCACGUUCAACGAGAGCUUAGGGCUUCAUGUGGCAUUCGAACUGGACUAUAAGGCAUCAGAUGUGCUACGAGAAGCAAAAGCGUGUCCCCCCAAAACAUGGAAGUUUACGCCGGCCGUAACCAUGUCACCUAAUCAAGUCCAACGUCCCGUUGGCAAGCCCCAGACACCUGUCCUUCCCGUAUCUUCCUCUAAGGUCGACCUACACGGCUUACAUGUCGGCGAAGCUGUACAGGCAGCGGAGCUGAGAGUGUUCCAGUGGUGGAAUGAAGAGGUUGAUGCAAGGCAAUCACACGGAAUAUUGUCAAAGUUCGGAUCCAAAGCUCUGUUUGUUGAUCCUCUCGACGUUAUUGUUGGUCGAGGACUACACUCUGCUGGUGGCCCCAAACUUGGCAAGGCUGUCAAGAAGAUGCUUGACAGUAAUCGAUUCAUUUAUAGAGAGGAAGUUGGGCGCGUUGUGGUUACUGGUAGACAUCAUUAA